AAUGCAUUCAUAAGAAUGAUGAGUCCCUGGGACACAUCGAAGUCUCCAUGUGCAUGGUUUGGUGCGGGGAAGUAGAAAAGGGUAGUGAAGGAAGCUUAUCUCCUGCAAUUGGAAGGCUUUCUGAGCUUAAAAAGCUUUCUUUUGCCAAUAACUUGCUGGUUGGGAGGAUCCUAAAAGAGUUUGCCUCUUGUCUGAAGUUGGAAGUUGUGGACCUGAGUUGAAACAAGCUUUCUGGACCAAUUCCUUCUGAAUUCGGCAAUCUCAGGAGCCUCAAGACUCUGUGGCCGGCCACAAAACGCUUAUCCGAAUAGUAAAACAGCAACCUCUGAUUUGUGUUCUUCAGCGUCGUCAUCGUCUUCUUCUUCAAAGCUUUCGGCACAUGAUCAACUGGAGAAGCAACAAUCACAAAGCCUUCUUUCAAGUGUUUUAAAGAGGUCAAUUCCUGAAUCUUCACUCUCAACUGCUCCAAAAACGGGGAUUAUGUUAGAAGAUUUUGAUAAGUUACCUCCAUCUCUAGCACCAGCUCCAGCACCAAGUCAUAAUGAAAAAAUGGUACACUAGCCCCACCACCAGCAAAGCAUAAGAAGAAGAAGUUGUCAAUUAUAAAGUGGGUUUUGGGUGAUUCAUUGGGACUAAUAACAGGAGCAAUCUCUGCAGUUAUUUGUUCAUUUGUGUAUAGAAUGCUCUUGUACUGUAUCCGUGAAAGACCCAAGUAUCAGGGUGCUAAGAUUUGCAGUUCCCUAAUUAAAAAGGCUAAGGAUUUAGCCUUCUUAAAUACAGAGGAUGGUCUCACAUUAGCAGAUCUCAUAGGAAAAUGGGGUUCUGGGGAAGCUUACAGGACACAGCUUCAAUAUGGCACGGAAAUUGCCAUUAGGAAAAUUGCUCAACCAUCUCUCAAUUCAACAGAUAUAUCAGAUGAAGACACAAAGCUCCAGAAUUUUAUACUUUAGGCCAUAUAAGGCACAGAAACCUUGUUACUCUUCUAGCCUUUAUUGCAAGGCCUGAUUGCCAUCCAUUAAUCUAUGAUUAUAUGAAAAAUGGUAGUGACCAUCGAUCCUUGGAAAAGGUUGGUGAAGGCACUCUAGAAUUAGCAUGGCCUGUUCGUCAUAAGAUUGCCAUGGGAAUUGGUACAGGUCUACAGUAUUUGCACUUCUACAGCACUCCAAAAAUCAUUCACCGUGAUUUGAAGCCUGGAAACAUCUUCCUUGAUGAGAACUUUGACGCCCAUGUUGCAGAUUUUGGCCUUGCAAAGGCCCUCCCUGAAACAGCCACACACGCUACUACCUCAAAUGUAGCAGGAAAAGUGGGGUACAUUGCCCCUGAAUAUCACCAGACCUUAAAGUUUACAGACAAGUGUGAUGUUCAUAGGUUUUGGGCUGUUCUUGCUGUUUUGGUUACAGCCUACAGGUAAAAUUCCAUAUGAUGAUUUGUUUCAAACAAUCCCACAGGCUUGUAUUGCGAGAUGGACCAGAUGGUUGAGAAAUGUGGUGGGAUCAAAAACAGCCUCUGGUGCCAUACAUCCACAGAUUAGAGGACAGGGCUAUGAUGAUGAAAUCUUCCUUGUCAUGAAGAUUGCUUUCUUUUGCAGUGAUGAUGACCCCAACAAGUGACAUAAUACCAGAGACGUAUUCUGUCAUGUCCCUAUGUUAACUGUAUUAAAUAUAU